CAGACGUCCAGCAGCUGAUGGGUAAUCCAGAAGAAGUUUCCCCUCAGUCAGGGGGGAGCUCCACUUUGAAGCAGGAGACUCCACAACCACCCUGCAUUAAAAAGGAAGAGGAGGAACUCUGCAUCACUCAGGAGGGAGAGUGUCUUCUAGGACGAGAGGAACCUGAUUACACCAAGUUUCCACUGACUGUUGUCUCUGUGAAGACUGAAGAUGAUGAAGAGAAACCACAAGUAGACAACCUCUUAGCUCCACUAUCAGAUAGUGAGGCUGAAGAUGAGGUUGAAGAACCUUUGAGCAGCGAUAAAGACUGUGAAGGUGACAUGAGGACUCACACUGACAACAAACACUCUGAAUGCUCUUCAAAGAAGAGAGACGUCCAGCAGCUGAUCUUUAAUCCAGAAGAAGUUUCCCCUCAGUCAGGGGGGAGCUCCACUUUGAAGCAGGAGACUCCACAACCACCCUGCAUUAAAAAGGAAGAGGAGGAACUCUGCAUCACUCAGAAGGGAGAGUGUCUUCUAGGACGAGAGGAAGCUGAUUACACCAAGUUGCAACUGACUCUUGUCUCUGUGAAGACUGAAGAUGACGAAAAGAAACCACAAGUAGACAACCUCUUAGCUCCACUAUCAGAUAGUGAGGCUGAAGACGAGCUUGAAGAACCUUUGAGCAGCGAUACAGACUGUGAAGGUGACAUGAGGACUCACACUGACAACAAACACUCUGAAUGCUCUUCAAAGAAGAGAGACGUCCAGCAGCUGAUGAGUAAUCCAGAAGAAGUUUCCCCUCAGUCAGGGGGGAGCUCCACUUUGAAGCAGGAGACUCCACAACCACCCUGCAUUAAAAAGGAAGAGGAGGAACUCUGCAUCACUCAGGAGGGAGAGUGUCUUCUAGGACGAGAGGAAGCUGAUUACACCAAGUUUCCACUGACUAUUGUCUCUGUGAAGACUGAAGAUGAUGAAGAGAAACCACAAGUAGACAACCUCUUAGCUCCACUAUCAGAUAGUGAGGCUGAAGACGAGGUUGAAGAACCUUUGAGCAGCGAUACAGACUGUGAAGGUGAUAUGAGGACUCACACUGACAACAAACACUCAGAAUGCUCAACAAAGAAGAGAGGUAAAACAUGUUUGAGCUGCUCAGUUUGUGCUAAAGUUUUUACUAAAAUGUGCCAUUUGACUCAACACAUGAGAACACACUCAGGUGAAAAAACAUUCAGUUGUUCAGUUUGUGGCAAAAGCUUUCCUCUAAAUGUUCGUUUGACUGAACACAUGAGAACACACACAAGUGAAAAAACAAUUAGUUGUUCAGUUUGUUGCAAAAGCUUUUCUUGUACAAGCAAUUUGACCAAACACAUGAGAAGACACACAGGCGAAAAACCAUUUAGUUGUUCAGUUUGUGGCAAAAGCUUUUCUGUUAAGAGCACUUUGAUUGAACACAAGAGAACACACACAGGGGAAAAACCAUUUAGUUGUUCAGUUUGUUGCAAAAGCUUUUCUCAAAAUAGCCAUUUGACUGUACACAAGAGAACACACACAGGAGAAAAAACAUUCAACUGUUCAGUUUGUGGCAAAAGCUUUUUUGGUAAGAGCAAUUUGACUGAACACAUGAGAACUCACACAGGUGAAAAACCGUUUAGUUGUUCAGUUUGUUGCAAAAGCUUUUCUGGUAAGACCAAUUUGGCAGGACACAUGAGAUCGCACACAGGUGAAAAACCAUUUAGUUGUUCAGUUUGUGGCAAAAGCUUUUCUUUUAAGAGCACUUUGAAUGAACACAAGAGAACACACACAGGGGGAAAAGCAUUUAAGUGUUCAGUUUGUGGAAAAAGCUUUUCUGCUAAGAGCAAUUCAACGAAACACAUGAGAACACACACAGGUGAAAAGCCAUGUAAGUGUUCAGUUUGUGGCAAAAGCUUUUCUAAAAACAGCCAAUUGACUAGACACGUGACAACACACGCAGGUGACAAAGUAUUUAAUUAGUUAUUUGUGAUAUGUACAUUUUCAUAAUGUGCUUGUUCUAUUUUGGGCCGAAAUAAAAUAAAGAAAACAAUCUGAAGUUAGCUAAAAUGAGUUUGACAGCCCUGCUGUAACCUGACUCAUGUGAGCAGGUUACUGUAUAAACACAUUUUGUUAUAAGUUAUAAAAAUGUGUUCAGUUCUCAGAGACACAUCAGUAGUUGUCUGCUCUCUGUCCUGACCAAGAGUUUCGGUCGUCAUACAUCAAACAACUACUGAGGUUGUUGGUGCUUUGUCUCCCUGUUUUGUUCACUUUUUGACACUUUGGGAUUUCAAAUAAAUGUUUGUAAACUGUUA